ACAAAAAAAAAAAAAAAACCCAUCCUUAUUAUAAUAUUUUCUUACACAAAUUUCCCUAUAAAUACAUUCAUUUCAUGACCUACACUCCUCCUUCUUCCAUUUCCUUCCUCCUCUUCAUCAUCACCACAUCCCCUUCAAGACUUUGCUUCAAAAACCCUCAAAACCCUUUUCAUUCAUACAACAACAUGGAGGAUAUGUUGAAGAAACAACAAAGCUGUGGUACUACAACAGCCACACUAUCAUCCUUAUCUGGAGGUGCGCCACUUGGGAUGCACAAGAACUCGCAAAUCAUCGCGAAACCGAAGCCGAAAAUUCGCAUCAUUCACAUAUUUGCACCGGAGAUCAUCAAGACAGAUGUUGCAAAUUUCAGGGAAUUGGUGCAAAGGCUCACAGGAAAGCCCACACCACAAGAAAUGACCAAAUCAAAAAACAACUCCUCCAUGAACACCAAGAAGAAGCGGCCUAGAAACACUGAUCAACAAUAUUGUUCAUCCUCAUCAAGAAGUACUAGUAGUAACAAUAGUAGUUUCAGUGCUACUAAUGCCAACACCAACAUUAACAACAACAACAGUUUCAGCCAUCAUCCAGCCAUGAUUCACAAGCCAUUUGCAACCAAAUUGGAACUAAGGAGUGGGUUUCUCAAAGGGGAAGAAGAUAUUUGGAGGAAUGCAAAUUCAGGUGGAGGCUAUUUGGGUGGUUUUGCUGAAUUGGAAGGGUUUAUGGAACAGCUUCAUCAUGAGUUCCCUUUGCUUCCUUCUAUUCCUAUGGAAUCUGCUGCUGCUCCUCCUCCUCCUCCAACCUUGCUUAAUUAUUAAUGAUUGAUGAUUAGUUCAACUUAGUGAAUUUCAUUUAUUUAAUUAACUUACUUUGAUGGGUUUUUGAGAACAAUUUUAUGUAGUUUUACUCUCACUCUUUAAUUUAAUUAUCUUAAUUAAUUAUUAUUGUGGGAUUUAAUAGUAGUAGUAGUGUUUGUGUUGAUUCAUGUACUAGUUAGGUAUGUCCAACUAAGAGGUUUCAUUAAAUAUAUAGUUGGCAUUUCUUAUGAGAAAGAAAUUCAUUGUAUUCUAAUGAUGAUGAUGAUGAUGAUUCUUUAAAUGUUCUCCAUAUGGCUCUAUCUCAAGAAUCUUGAGUGAUUUACUUCAAUUGGGAAUUCUUGUGUCUUGUCCUUGAGAAUUUCAACAAGGGAUUAGGUUUGUAU